AUGGCUGAAUCUUCUCUUGGAGAGUCUUUGAAGCCAGAUGGUUUUGUAAAUUCAUUUGUUAUCUCUGCUUUCUGCUAUAGUCUAUUUAUCAAGCCAAAUGGCCAUCCAGACAAAUCUAAAUGCCACUUCUUCUUCUCAAAUAUUGUUUUGUAUUUCCCAACCUUAUUCAACGAGCACUGGUUCCUUUUUGUUGUUGAUAUCAAAGACAGCAAGUUUGUUUUUCUGGACCCUUUUCAUCACAAAGAUCAUGAGUAUCAAAAGUUUGUCAGAGAUAGAUUGAUUCCAUCUUUCCUGUUCCACUGGGGCAGGUAUAUUCAUGUUGAUAUAAACUUUGAUGGAUAUGACUUGUUGUACCCAGACGUACCCAACCAACCCUCCAAUAAUAGCGUUGACUCUGGAAUCUACACCAUGAUGUUUCUUGAGCAUUGGAAAUCUCCGAGGAUGGUACUGCAUAAUAUUUUCGAUUCCAAAGAUAUCAACAACAUUAGAAUCAAAAUGGCAAAUGAUCUAGUGUUUCUUCCCGGAAACUGUGGAAUGAAGCACUGGGUUCUUGAAUGUGACAUCUAAGCGGCUUCAAACUAGUUGGUAAGGCUGGCCGCCCCUUGGGUUUUACCCUAUCUGGGUCAUUAAGUUCUGCAAGUGUGUGCAUAUAUGUAUUUUGCACCCCCCUCAGCAUCAGCAUUAGCCACCCCUGAUUGUGCAUUGGUUGGAGGAUCUAGGAUAAGCUCCAGGUUUGCUUCUAUUUUGAAGAAUUCAUCAAGCAGGAUAUGUGAACAGAGCGUACCAUCCUUGUUGAACUUCCCGCAUAUGCAGCUGAACUCUUCUCUUCCCUUUGUCAGGAUCGAGCAAGCGGGCACACCUUGAUUGCUUUUUGCCGUG